UUGCAGCAAUCGUUGCGAUCGCGGGGUGUGCUCUCAGCAUCCUUGAUACCGCAUGACUGCGGUCGCGUGUGAUGGCCAUGGUGCGGACAAUGACAUGUUGGAUCGACGUGCGUUACACAUGUGUCAGGACCGAUGAUGGGCGUGAGUGUCCGUGAGUGUCAAUGGGUGUCAGUUGGUAAGUGGAGUGGCAGGAUGCAGAAAGGGAGGUCUGGACAGUCUCGUGCCGAACCGAGGGUCGCCCUUGCCCCUGACGCCGCCCAGCCAAUAGCAGCCCGUGCCUUUGACUCAGCGACCGAAGGCCUCGUCAGCGUCGCGGCACAAGCAUGGACAUGCCUCGUCCGUCUGCCAUUUCUAGAUUGCCAUGGACAUGGCUGUGGCGUUCUAGCUCCCACACUAUUUUCAGCGCCUCCCUCGCCCUACCCGUCGCUAUCGGGAAUACCACCAUGUUCCACGACACGGUCACAUGCCCUAACGCGACAUACAUCUAAGGAACCUCGUCGGCAUGCUGGUCGUAGAACCCGUCGUAUUCCUUGCCGCCAUCCAUCCAUCCCCACAGCCCGGCAUAAGUAACGUUGAACGGCGGAAAAGGAAAAGAACCAGAGAGAAGAAAAAAAAACCGCGCACCAAACAUGCUUCAGUCAACUAAUCUCCGAGCCCUU